AAUGUGAGACCGAGGCUCCAGCGGUUCGUGGGAAAGCCGCUCAGAGGGGUUUGGUGAGUGUACCUGAGUGCACCAUGAAGCGGCCUUGUGAAGACACCACGUCCGACAGCGAUAUGGAUGAAACUAUUGAUGUGGGCAGCGAGAAUAACUACUCUGGUCAAAGCAGCGGUUCAUUUAUAAGAUGUGGCUCACCUACCACAACAUCCCAAGUUAUGGCCAGAAAGAAGCGGAGAGGGAUCAUUGAGAAGAGACGAAGAGAUCGAAUAAAUAAUAGUUUAUCGGAGCUGCGUCGCCUGGUCCCAACAGCAUUUGAGAAACAGGGAUCUGCCAAAUUAGAGAAAGCAGAAAUAUUGCAGAUGACAGUAGAUCAUUUGAAGAUGCUCCAGGCCACAGGAGGGAAAGGAUAUUUUGAUGCUCAUUCCAUAGCAAUGGACUUCAUGAGCAUUGGCUUCAGGGAGUGUCUAACUGAAGUGGCCAGGUAUUUGAGCUCAGUGGAAGGUCUGGACUCCAGCGACCCACUCCGCGUCCGUCUGGUUUCUCACCUCAGCAGCUGUGCCUCGCAGAGGGAAGCAGCUACCAUGACCACAUCCAUGGCCCAUCAACAGCAGGCCCUGCACCCGCACCACUGGGCCACAACGUUACAUCCCAUUCCCGCUGCAUUCCUGCAGCAGAGCGGACUUCCAUCCUCAGAGAGCUCCUCAAGCAGGCUGUCUGAGGUCCCACAGAGGGGUGCAGCCCUGCUGACCUCCUCCUACUCCCACAAUGACUCCGUAAUAAGAGUGCCCUCUACAGGCAGCGUCGCUCCCUGCGUACCGUCACUGUCCAGCUCGCUCCUUUCGUUAUCAGCUACCGUUCACGCGGCAGCCGCCGCAGCUGCAGCACAAACCUUCCCUCUGUCAUUUUCCGGAGGAUUCCCGCUCUUCAGCCCCAGUGUAACGGCAUCAGCGGUGGCUUCUUCGGCCGUUAACACUUCUGUUUCCACAUCCAACGCAUCCCAACAGAGCAGUGGUAGCAGUGGAAGCAGCAGUAAACCAUACCGACCAUGGGGAACUGAAGUGGGAGCAUUUUAAGAGUUGGAUUUGCUCAAAGCUCUUGUUGCAGCUGGAUGUCUUCCACUCUUUGUACAUAAAAGAAAGGCUUUUUGUGACCAGUUUUACACACUCGUGCAUGUAUGCAACUCACUGGGAGGGAAAAAAAAAAUGUUUUACUCAUUACACUAAGUGGAAACCUUAAAGCAGAUGUGUGUCAUUUUUUCGAUGUUAAAUUACUUUUUCUUGACCCAGUUUAAUAUGCAGAGACAUCUAUAAGAAAGCCAUUCGUAGAUUGAUUCCCCUGAAAAGUGUAACCGGUUCUGUGGAGCUUUCAACUUUGAUCAGUUUGUUUGAACAUCCCAACCAGCCCGACAUAACAACAUUGGUUCAAUCAAUGGCAUGAUUUUGGGGCGGGACUAUCUGUUUGAUCUACCAAUGGAAGUCGGCAGGAGUGUUUGGGAAAGCUGUGUGAAAACAUGUAUUAUUUUUGCAGUUCAGUUUAGUGACAGUAGUGGCGCAGAAUUGACACACUUUACCUUUUUAAGAGCGAUUUGAUUAAGGGUGAUUGCCAUUUUUAAAGAAAAAUCCCACUCAAUCUCUUUAUUUAUGUCAACUUCUCUCACUCAUCUACUUUGUUCUCAUAGAGAAAUUUGGCUUUUUUGUUUAAAGAAAUAUUCCGGGUUCUAUAAAUGUUAAGCUCAGUUGACAGCAUUUUUGGCAUAAUGUUAAUUACACAAAAGUGAUUAAAAAAAAGCUAAAAUCUGGGUUACAGUGAGGCACGGUCAAUGGGGCCAAUCUGUAAACAUUAAAAUACUCACUGUUUCAAAAGUAUAGACAAAAGAUGUAAACAAUAUGCGUAUUAACAUGAUAACCUCUUCUGUGUAAAGUUAUGUCCAACUUUACAACUUUGUUGCCAUGACGACAUAAUGCUGUAAACCCUAAUACCCUAAAAUGACCGUGAAAAUUCAGAUUGAAACCACGUUACACAUUUAAACUAGUUUUAAGUGAAGAAUAUAUGUAAUGCUUUUAUAAAAUUUUAAGUUUCACAUUUCUUCCUUUAAACCCUUCAAAAAUUGUCCCCAUUCACUUCCAUUGUAAAUGCCUCACUGUAACUUCGAUUUUUGCUUUUUAUAAAGAAUAGGAGUGAGGAGUCUAAAUAAUUUUUUCUGGUAAUCAUCAUUAUGUCACAAUUGCUGUUGAUUGAGCUUCAAUUAAAUUGAACCUGGAAUAUUCCUUUAACUUGUUUCAAGUGAAAAAAAAACCGUACUGUGUGACAGUGCCUACGUAAACACUCCUAAAGUUUAGGCUUUAGGGCACAGUGAGUUUGCACACAGUCGCUUUGACUUACUGACCUCAAAACUGGUAGGUCAAAUAUGUGGCAUAUCUAAUAUACACUGCGUAAACACUCCUAAAACGUAUAUGCUGCAUUUGAGAUAUAAUGCUUUAAAAUUUUUCAGUUGAAAAAGUGUUUUGUCUGAUUUUCACAAACGCUUACAAAGUAGUUUUUGAGUAAAACAGAACAACUUUUUUAAAGACAAACCAAAGGUUUUGCAGAUAAUCAUUUUUGUAAUCUUUGAUUUAACAAUCCAGUUUGUAAAUCUGUAUAUGUGUAAGAUUGUAACUAGAGUUUAUAUUGAAAUUAGAUUAGUAAAUUGGUAUGAUGCACUUCAGUCACUACUGUUUUUGGAGAGACAGGAUCUUCUCCACGUUACACAUUAGACCUACUGAAAAUGUAAAAAAUAACAUUCACUAAAACUCAUAUGUCAGAUUCUCAGUUUAAUAAUACUUCUGUAACUUUGUUACCUUUUUAAUAACCCUAUCACAUUCUGUAAGAUGUAACCAUUUUCUAUGCAAAAAAAAAAAAAAACACAUACCCUGAAGAAAUUGAAGAAGUUUUGUUUUUCUUUCUAACAAAUAGGCCAUAAAACCAUCAUUCCAUUUGCCUUCACCACAACAGAUUCUGGAAUGUUAUGAGAGAAAGUAAUUGCUUUUCCCAAGCAUAAUUUGAGUUCUUGGAAUUGUAUGGUAGAAAAAAAAAAUGUGUUCUUUUAUGUGUUUUUCUAAUAGUGCAGAAGAAACCAAUCAAUAAAACAAACAACUGCAAUUAUACAUGCCACUUCAACUAAUAAAUCUGUCAGCAAACUUUAAAGUUUGAGUAAGCAGCAAACUAAUUUAUCAAAGAAAACCAUAAAUUAAGAGAAGUUAAAGUCAACAUUGUUACAUUAUCACCAGCCAUUUUAAGAAUGAAAAUUCUGUCAUCAUUUACUCACUCUUUUGUUGUUCCAAACCCAUAUCCAUUCACUUUCAUUGUAUGGAAAUAAAGA